AUGGGGAAUUGCUUUGUGUCUAAGAUGGGUAAUUCUAACCCAAGCAUCAGUGACCGCAGCAUCACCACUGGACCUUCCACUGCAGGGACGUCGAACAAUUAUAACAACGGUGGGGGAUAUUCGGCGACAAGCAGCAGCGAGGGGACAUGUUGUGAUGGGGAAAUAUGGCCCACACCGACCUUGAAGAUCUAUAGCUUUGCGGAUUUGAAGAAGUCCACAGCAAAUUUCAAGUCUGAUUCAGUGUUGGGAAGAGGGGUUUUUGGGACAGUGUACAGGGGAUGGGUUGAUAAGAAGACGCUUAUGCCUUGUCAAUUUGGCACUGGAAUGAUUGUUGCUAUCAAGAAAUUUGACUUGGAAAGUUUGCAAACGUAUACAGAAUGGGAGGUAAUUUCAACUUUGUUGUUUGCUUUCAUGUGACAAAAUUGGUUAGGAUUCAUGGUUGAUAUUCAUUUCCAGUAGUGUUGGAAUAAAAAGCAACCUUUAGGCUUCACUUAACUGCAACAUGUAUGAGAUAACGAAAUUUUUUUGGUUAUCUAAAAGAAGGAAACGUUCGUGAUAUUUUUUUUAUUAAAACAUCAGUCAAAACUAAACACCUUGAAACAUAAAAAUUUUAAUAUUUAAUUAUUAAUUGUCUUAAUGGUUUCCGUUAAAACAGUAAAUUUUUGGUAGUUUCAAAACAAAUUUUUGAUCCUUGUCUGUGACAACUGAAAAGAUGGUCUUAUUCCCUAAGAUGGAUUAGAACCUAGAGCUAUGGUCAAUGUCGCCUGCCGCUAAUGAAUGGAGAGGGUGAGACUAUCAAAAAGAAAUCAUGGUUCUAUUUUCUGAAAGAAAGCAGUGGGAGAGAGAGAAUGUUUCUUUUCACCAAAAUACCCAUGCUAAAAAAAUUGAACCAAGUUCUAUUGUACCUAUCUUCCCCUCCCUUGAACCACAAAUUUUAUCUUUAUGAUUUUUGCAAGUCUUUCUAAAUAAAAGGUUUUAUUGCCUAGAGAUUGAAUGGUACAAUAUAUAUGAGCAUACCUUUGUAAUGGUGGAGAGCCUCACUAUGGUUGACAUCACUAUAUUGCAAAAGCAAUUCUACAUAAAAAAGGCGGUGCACGAAUCUCCUACCAUUGUGGAGUCUAAGAAACGUAAUCCAACAUCUACAACCCUUUUUAUUAACUAGAAUCAACAACAUGAUUGUUGUAGCCAACGAAACUCACUGUUGUCUUGCCAGUCUUCUUUAAUUUCCAUCAACAUAAUAGUCUUUCAACCAGUGCUAAUGGUUUGUUUGCUUCAUUUCAUAAUGUAGUCAGAAGUGAAUAUUUUAGGAAGGCUUUCACAUCCUAACUUGGUGAAACUUUUGGGAUAUUGUUGGGAGUACACAGAACGCCU